UCGGAAUGUCUUCGUCGGCCAUGUUUUGCACAACAACAUCACGUCGUAUAGCAAACGUCAACUAUUCGUUUACGAAUUUCAGAAAAUAACUAAAUAUUCACCUCUGAUAAAUCAAUUUGUUUUUAUUUUGCUAUUUAAUUAAAUGUUAAAAUGAAUCGAGCCGAGGGGUUGGUGCAACGAAGAAACGUGAACGUAAUUAAGGACAAUUCGGAAUUAAAGGAAAACCACGACGUCGAUGAUAAGAAAAAUGAUAAAAGUUAUGAUGACGGGGAUUCAAAGGAAACACGAUUGACACUAAUGGAAGAAGUACUACUUUUAGGAUUAAAGGACAAAGAGGGUUACACAUCAUUUUGGAAUGAUUGCAUAUCCAGCGGCUUGAGAGGAUGUAUUUUAAUCGAACUUGGCCUGAGAGGCCGCGUAGAAUUAGAAAGAGCUGGUAUGCGUAGAAAGGGAUUGUUAUCUAGAAAAGUUAUAGUUAAAUCAGAUACACCUACAGGUGAUGUAUUGCUAGACGAGGCCUUGAAACACAUGAAAGAAACCGAACCACCAGAGACAGUUCAAAGCUGGAUAGAAUACCUAAGUGGUGAAACAUGGAACCCAAUGAAAUUAAAGUACCAGUUGAAAAAUGUUCGUGAGAGACUUGCGAAAAAUCUCGUUGAAAAAGGAGUUUUGACAACAGAAAAGCAGAACUUUUUGCUGUUUGAUAUGACUACCCAUCCUUUGACUGAUAACGUUGUUAAAUGCCGCCUGGUCAAAAAGGUUCAAGAAGCAGCUUUGAGGCGUUCAAUCACGGAUGUUGCUCACGCGGAUAAGCGAUCACUGGCGCUGUUGAUGCUUGCCCAUUCAGCUGAUGUACUAGAAAACGCGUUCGCGCCACUCUCCGACGAAGAUUAUGAGUUAGCAACGAGACGCGUGCGCGCGCUUUUAGAUCUAGAUUUCGAAGCUGAAGCCAUGCGACCAGAUGCCUGCGAAAUUAUGUGGGCGGUGUUUGCAGCGUUCACUAAAUAGCGGUAAACGCGUGUCGUCAUCACUGUUGGCAACUAGGAAAUGGUAAAUUUUUGUUGAAUUAAAAUAAUACUUUUUAGCCCAUUUUGUAAAAUCUAAAACCAAUACAAAUAAACGUGAUCGUCAUUACAUUCUACUAAUAAAAAGGAAUCUUGGAAUGACACAGCUACAGAAAAUUUUAUAAUAAUGGUUUGAAGGUGUAAUGUGUGUGCUAUGGAUGAAAUCAACUUGUACAAAUACAUAAAUCAUUACAUAAUGUUGUUUACUCUAUAAUUUUAUUCAACCAGUAUUAAAUUAUUUCAUCCAAGUCAUGUGAACCUUUGUCAGAUAAAAUUAUGGGGAGUAUUGUAUUUUAUUAAGAACUAUCAAAAUAACUGUUUCUAUGUUCGUGUAAUUAUGUUAGUCAUUUGUAAAAUCAUGAAACUGAAGGGUUAAACAUGUGGAAGUGUUUGAUUGAUGUAAUUUGUUUUGGUUAAACAAUGGGACAACAAUUAUUCUGUACUUACAUACCUUUAUCAUAAUAAAUCCUGCAUCGACUUGCGGUGACGUAACACAUGCAAAUCAAGCAUGUGAAAGCAAUGGGUUAAUUAAUUAAACAUUAACUAGACCCUUCAAUAAUGAUUUUAUUCUCAUCUAAGUGUAGUUUCUAAAUUUGUUUUAACUUAUAAUAUAGCACAAAAGUUUGUUUAACUUAUUGUUUAAAAUUUUAUGUUGAGGCUUGUACAGCUGGAGAAUAAAACAACAUGCACACUUGACAUUGUCGGUACGUAAAAGCAGUAUUUUUGUCUUCUAUUAUCAUAUAAAAGAUAUGUAUGGGAGACAGUUUAAGGGGCGCGGAUGGUUGGGGUAUCAGUGAAGUUACUUGCACUUUCAUAAUGUAAGUGCUAAAAGGGAUUAUUCCACACAUUGUGAUAUAGAACUGCAAUAAAAUAAUAUAAUAAAUGUUACAAUUUUAAAUGCCUGUUACACAUACGUUCAUAAGUACUGUUUGCAACACUAAGGCAAUUUUAUUAUUGAUAGAUAACUGUUGACACCAACUGUACUAGUUUACACAUGUUUGCGUAUUAUUUUAUAAUAUGUAAUGGUAAUGAAAUGUUUGUUGGAAAUUUUAUAAGUGUUUCAUAUGUAUGUUGAUCUGCUUUUCAGUAAUAAAUUGGAUAAACAUUUAUUUAUGUACAUUAUAUUAUAUUAUAAAAUGCACAUUGGUGUUAUACUAUAAUUGUUUUUAGUUUUUGUUAUUCAUAUUUAAUUAUUCAAAUUGUGCGUGGUAUGUUUAUAGUCAGAAUGCAUUCGUUCGUAGUAAGAACUUUAACGUUUUCUUGGGAGAAUGCGAGCUUGUGGUAAUUUUGAUUAAAAUAUAUUUGUAUGAGUAACUUUUAUAUGUGGAGAGAGAUAUUUGUAUGUUUGUCCGAAUUAGAUUCACGUAACAUGACGGCUGGUGUAUUUUAGUUUCAAGGUAUAACAAUAUGUCACCUGGGCUUCGAUAACUAACGCGCCGAGCUAUUCUAAUGGCGCUCGAGAUAACGAGAUUCAUAUCCCAGUAAAUAUUAAGAUAGUUGGUUUGUUUACUAUAAUUUAAUUAAUUAAUUUUUAGUUUGUACUUUUAAAUAUACAAGUGCAACAUUUAUAACAUAGCCAUAAACGUACGAGAAUAUAUUCUCUGCAUACAUUUGCGACAAACGUAAAUAACGACAAAAUUUUCUGUAUUUAUAUUCCAUUUUUUAAUGUGCGACGACACUGUUUUGUAUAAAAAUUUAACAAAAGCUAUGAGUAUUUUAUAUUGUGUUGUCAUUUUAAUGUGAUUUAUAAGUACCUAGAUAUGGCUUACUGAUCACUGCUAAGGAUUAUGUUAAAUUAUUUGAUGCAUAACACUGUAUGGUCUACAUACGAAUCCUUAUAAUCAAGUUUAGUGCUUAAGUUACUGUUAGAUUUGGGUUUGUAUAUAAAUACGGUAUUAAUUUGGUUUGUAUAUUACCAUGAAGCCACAACUAUUACGAGAGUCGAUAAUAAAUUCAAAAGUGAUGGAGACAUGUAUAAAAUUAAGGUAAAGAAUUAUGUAUCAUACACAUACUAUAGUAUUUAGAAAAUUACUCAAAUAUAUUCCCUAGUAAAUAUUA